AAAGAGGAAAGAACAAAUUGGUAGAAGAGGAAGUCAACCCUGUCUCAGAAUUUCUGCCAGAGUUGAUCUGCAAAGCAAAAGCAGAAGUUGAGAAAGACGACGUUGGAGGUGAGCCAGGAACGACUUUGCAAUGGAAGGGAAGAGGAAAAAAAAUCAAGGACAGAGGAGAGUGAAGUAUGGAGAAAGUCAACAACCAUAUCAUAGAGAAAAAAGGCAGGGAGGAAAGGGCUGAAAGCAGACAGAAGUAAUCAGUGCUGAUGGAUUAGAAGUAAUGGAAAGGCCAAGUGACGGGGAAUGAGAGAGGGGCUAAUGGGUGAUGUUGAAGACCAGGUGAUGAUUGGAGAGCAGCACUCAGCAACAGAGAGAUCAGAAAGCAGUUCUUGGUGAAUACCACCUCAAAUCAGUUUUGACUCACUUUGGUGAGUCACUUUUUGGUGAGUGGGAAACAGAGCAGGAGGUGAAAUGAAGAAGUGAGGGAGAAGAAACUUGCAGCUAAGUGGCUGGAUGGAUCAUCAAUAUGGAAGUUGAAGUCAUGAAGAUUGGCAUGACGAACUGACUUGCUACACAGAGAGAAAAAUAAGUCUAGUUUGCUCCUGGUUGCCUGUCCCCUGUGCUCCAAAAACUACUACUUAUACAAUAAUUUUAAAGUGGGAUAAAAUCCCGAGAUGUUUUGAAAGAACUACAGCGUCAAUGUCCAUCACAAUAGAACGAAAAUUCAUUUACAUGAAUCGUGCUGUAAUUAUUUGGGUAUCAGCAAAUUACUCCCAUGAGAGCUAUGUGAAAACAAAGAACAUCUCCAUUAUACCCAGCAAGGCAGAGAAGUGUGCUAUACACUCCAUAAGUGCUCACCAGUUAUCAAACAGAUUAAUAAUUAAGUGGGAUGCACCAAAAAAGUCUAUGCAAUAUGAACUGCAAUAUAAAGAAGCACAUUCAGCAGCCUCAGAAUGGAUAUUGGUGUCCACAGCAAACGACGCUGUCAACGUGACUGUCUCCAAUUUAAACAGUAUGUCUUCAUAUGUUAUUCAGCUCAGAUGCAUACCCAGUGAGGAUCACCACUGCGUUUGUGUUUGGAGUAAAGAGAUUUUAGUCCCUCAUAAGCUGAUUGACAAGCCAAGAAUUUCAGCUAAUGAAACCAUAGAAAUCAAUCCGGGAAAAAUAAGUAUUUUUCUUCAGUGGCAGAUAGCACAAAGCAGGAAUGUCAUUGGAUACUAUGUUAAUAUUGAAAGAAUAUCCAACAGUUGCAAUGAUCGACUCGAACGCAUCAACGUAACCGAGAGAAGAGUGCAUCUGAAUCUCUCCAUGGCUUAUUAUCGGUUUAAUAUUUCUGCCUAUAAUGAAGCAGGAGAAUCUCCACAGAUCACUUAUGUUGUCCCAGAUUUCACCGCAACAGUUUUGCCUGGACAAAUCACUGCCAUACCACAGGGAAACAACACUGUUGUCACCUGGACUCCAGAAUAUAUUCCAAAGUGUUUUGUGGUUGAUUGGGGCACUGGUAAAGAAGAUAUGCACACGAAAAUAAUAACUAAACCCAUGGGAAAUUUCACACUAGACCAUUUACAACCAUAUAAAUUGUACAAAAUAAUGGUGCAUGCAUCUGACAUAUGUGAAUGUGAAAGUUUCAUGAGACAUGAGAGGACAUUUGGAGUGACCCACUUCUACUCAGUUCAAGGAGUUCCUAGGACAGGUCCAGCUACUGUGAAAAUUUCAAAUAUCAUGAAGCAUUCUGCUAUUGUGAAAUGGACUGAAGUACCUGCAGAAGACUGUUUGGGCUUCCUCCAGGGAUACAGAAUCAACUACACAGACACAAUGAAGAAUCUCUCUCUGGCUGUUGCUGUCAAUUCUUCUACCACCUGCUACCUGUUAACAGGACUUAAAGAAAAAACUGCCUAUAGAGUACAGAUUUCAGGAGUCACCACUGCAGGAGAAGGAGCCCAAAGUCGUUCACAGUUUUUCACUACUCUGAAAUAUGAUAAAGGGGAAUUUGAAGGUAUUGUUGCUGCCCUUUGUCUUGGCAUCACAUCCACCAUGUUUUUUCUGCCCAUCAUUUGUUCAUUGAUGCUUAGAAGGUCAAGAAAAUUGUGCUGGCCAACUGUCCCAGAUCCAAAAAAUAGCAGCGCUAUCCAAGAGGUGUCAAGAAAUAUUCCACAGGCUAGCCAGGGACCCACUUCAAAUCUAUUGCUUCAAACACAAACAGACAAUGAUACUACCAGCCUUCAUGUCAUAGAAGAGGAUUCAAAGGCUUCUUUGAAGCUGCAGCCCUUUAUUGAGGACACAGAAGACAACAGUGAGUGUGAUGCAGGCCAAUCUGAAAGUGCUGGUGGUAGCCCAGACACCUGUCCAAGUCUUUUGAAAAUCUCUGAAAAAGCAAUUGCAACCGAAAAAGAAAGAGUCAUCUCCCGCAUGAGGGCACCUCUCCUGAGUGAUUACACCAGCAUGGAAUUCAAUCAGAAAGCCAUGCUAAGUCUGGCGCUGAAUCUCCUUCCACUGGCUGUCCAUCCUCACAUGGAGGGGAAACUGAACAACAGGCCAGGAAAAGUGGAGCAACGCACACUGUUUACUUCUCAAGACUAUGUGAAACAGAGCCAGGUGGAGUUUACCCCAACUGGACCAACACUGAUGGAAGAAACCAGUUUGAGCUGAGGUCUCUCAAUACCUCCCCGUGACAUAGAAGCAAGCCCCAAAACCUUUGAUGCUUGAUUGGAACAGUUACAAUAUUGUAGGAUAGUGAUUCUGUGAAUGUUGAUUCUUCUUUGCUUUAAUAAGUUUCACAGAUAAAGUAGUUUGUGUGUAUAGUUACAUUAGCCAUUUCAGGCCCUUGCGCUUACCACAAAUCAUACUCAACUAAGUUUUGCAGUCAUGACAUGGACAAAGCUCCAGUUUGGGUCCACCAAAGAUUUCCAGCUGGAUAUGGCUCCUUGCUACUUUGAGUCUGAUAAUUUGUCAGUGUUACUGUAGUAAAUGCAAUGUGGUCUAGUGACUCAACUGCAGCACUGGUAGACAAGAACCCUUGAUUCUAGUCCCAGCCUUGUUAUUUGUUUGCUGUAAGCAAGUCAAAAUCUCCAAAAGUGGUGUUUAAUUUUGGAUGACUAAUUUGAGACAACUAAGAUCCGAUUUUCAGAGCUGGUUAACAAACACCUUCAAUCUGUUGGAAAGGAAUCCAACCAACUUGUCUGUGUUUUGCAUUUUGGGGCAGUGUGGCAACUUUCUCAACAAGCUUCCUGUUAAUUCCUUCCAAGAGAUGUUCCUGAUCAACUUGUAUGUUUAGUCAUUGAGAAGGGUACAGGAAAUCCUCAAAAGGGGGAGAGCAAGUUUUCAGCCAUAUCACACUGGGCUCUGAUAGUCUUGGCUCUCACAAACCAGGCACAGAAUUUGCUCAGUAUAUGGAUAAGACAUCUUCAAUGAAAACCUAAGUGGUUACUGUAAGUGAUGUUAAUGAGCCAGAUUCUUUGAGUCAUUGAUAUAUCAAACCCCAAGGCCAACGUUUCGCUGGUAAAGGUGGCAUCUUUAGGAUAAGAAGAAAAACAAGCCCUCGUGGCCACUGGAGACCUUAUGACACUUUCUGCAAGAGUGGGAGUAUUUGCUAGACAACCUAGCCAAACUCAGAGUAGGAAAUGAUUCCCCUGAGUUCAGCACUUCACAUUGAUAACGCACCCUACAUCCUGAAGUAGUGAUGCUAUUAUGGGUUUGCCCCCCCUUUUGACCCAAGCAGCAAAUCCAAGUUCAAGGCCCUGUGGGUUGUUUCACUAGGAAGUGAAAAUAAAAUAGAGGCAGGUAUUUCUAUGAUGCAAUCCUGUUUAUGUAUACAGAAUGUACAAAGUCCAGUUUCCUUGAACGAAGGAAGAAACAACAACAGAAGCAGCAUCCUUUCUUUCAGCCCAUAGCCCCAACCCAAAACACCUCUUUGGCUUCUUCCAGGGCCACACCAUGCUUUGUCUCUCUCUGUCCUGAGUUUGUUUACUUACUCUCUCUCUCUCACACACACACACACCACAGUCCUUCCACCUAGAUUGUAUGUUCCUGAGCUGACCUGCUUGUUCCUUUGUUUUGAGCUUGUUUAACUGUCUUUUACAGUUCUCUUAAGUGAAGGGUGGUAGUUAAACCUGCAACAGGCGCUAUGAUUUCCAGCUUUAUAUAAAAUGGUUACUCACCUUCUUAUAACUGUUGUUCUUAGAGACGUGUUGUUCAUGUCCAUUCCAAUCAGGUGUGCGUGUGCCGCAUGCAUGACAGCCAGAAGUUUUUUCCCCUAGCAGUAUCCAUAGGGUCAGCCUGGGCAUCCCCUGGAGUUGCACAUUCAUGGCGCCCAAUAUAGGGCCCUGCUGAUCUACCCCGCUCAGUUACUUUAUGCCGGGUACUCUGACAGAGGGCUAGAAGAGUGGGUAUUGGAAUGGACGUGAACAACAUCUCAAAGAACAAACAAUUACGAGAAGGUGAGUAACAGUUUUUUCUUCUUCGAGUGCUUGUUCAUGUCAAUUCCAAUCAGGUGAAUCAUAAGCCCAAAUUCAGGAGGCGGGGUUGGAGUUGUGCACUGAUUGGAGUACCGCUCUACCAAAGGCCCCAUUGUCUCUGGGUAAUUGCAUAAAGUGUGUAUGGAGAAUCACGUCAUUGCCCAGCAUAUUUCCUGGGUAGGAACUUGAGCCUGCACAGGCCUGCACGCUGGUAGAGGGCACAGUGAUCGGAGGAGCAGGCACUCCUGCCAGGUUGUAGCGGUCUCGGAUGCAGGACUUGUUCCAUGACAAAAUUCAUUGAAAAGAGACUGUAAGACCCUUCAUUUUGUCCGCCACAAAUAGUUGAAUGGACUUCCGGAAUGGUUUUGUUCCUUCGACGUAAAGGGCUAGCACUCUGGAGACAUCCAGAUAAUGAAGCCUUUGCUCCCUGCUACUCGAGUGCACCAUAGGAUAGAACACUGGGAGGAAGAUGUUCUGGUUGAUGUGAAACUGGGAAACCACCUUUGGUAAGAAAGCUGUGUGUGGCCUGAGCUGAACCUUAUCCUUGUAGAACAUGGUGUAAGAGGGCUCUCAUGUUAGGGCCUUGAGCUCAGAUAACCUCCUGGCUGAGGUUAUCACUACCAGAAACGCCACCUUGUAUGAGAGGUAGAGGAGGGAGCAUGUCGCUAGCAGUUCAAAAGGUGGUACCAUCAGUCUGGAAAGGACCAGGUUGAGGUCCCAGGCUGGGACCGGCUGCCUGACUUGCAGAUAGCGUCUGUCGAGACCUUUGAGGAAAUGACUGACCAUAGGGUUGACAAAGAUUGACCGGCCCUCUGAGCCUGGAUGGAAGGCAGAGAUGGCGGCCAAGUGAACCCUUACUGAUGACAUGGACAGCCCCUGCUGCUUGAGAUGGAGGAGAUAGUCUAAUAUGAGUGGCACGGAGGCGAGCGUUGGGGACAAACGGUGCUGCGCCGACCAGAUUGAAAAUCUCUUCCACUUGGCAAGGUAGGUAGCCCUUGUGGAAGGUUUCCUACUGCCAAGGAGGACUUGUCUAACCAGGUCUGAGCAAGAGAGCUCAGUCCG